CCGGCGGGAUGAGCGGGAGCGGCGCGCCCGGGCCCGGCGCGGCCCCCUGCCGCUUCGCCCACUACUUCGUGCUCUGCGGCAUCGACGCGGAGAGCGGGCUGGAGCCCGACGAGCUGGCAGGAGAAAAUUUCGACCAGAGUCCCUUAAGAAGAACCUUCAAGUCCAAAGUUUUGGCCCAUUAUCCUCAGAACAUUGAGUGGAAUCCCUUUGACCAGGAUGCCGUCAACAUGCUGUGUAUGCCCAAAGGGCUGUCUUUCAGGACACAGGCAGAUAACAGAGAUCCACAGCUCCAUUCGUUCAUCAUCACCAGAGAAGAUGGCUCCCGUACAUAUGGGUUUGUGCUCACAUUCUAUGAGGAGGUCACAAGCAAGCAGAUCUGCACAGCCAUGCAAACGCUCUACCAGAUGCACAACGCAGAGCAAUACAGCAGUGUCUGUGCCUCCUCCUCGUGCAGCAUGGACUCCUUGGCCAGCAGCAUUGACGAGGGUGAUGCCACAUCCCUCGCCAAACUUCAGCGGUACAAUUCCUACGACAUCAGCAGAGACACGCUGUACGUCUCCAAAUGUAUAUGCCUCAUCACCCCUCUGCCCUUCAUGCAAGCCUGCAAGAAGUUCCUGAUCCAGCUCUAUAAGGCAGUGACCUCGCAGCAGCCCCCACCUCUGCCCCUGGAGAGCUACAUCCACAACAUCCUCUAUGAAGUGCCUCUGCCCCCCCCGGGGAGGUCACUGAAGUUUUAUGGAGUAUAUGAGCCCAUCAUUUGCCAGAGACCUGGGCCCAACGAGCUACCACUCUCCGACUACCCGCUGAGAGAGGUCUUUGAGCUGCUGGGCCUGGAAAACCUGGUCCAAGUGUUCACCUGUGUUCUUCUGGAGAUGCAGAUCCUUCUGUACUCACAAGAUUACCAGCGUCUGAUGACAGUGGCAGAGGGGAUCACAACAUUGCUGUUCCCAUUUCAGUGGCAGCACGUGUAUGUCCCCAUCCUUCCUGCCUCUCUUCUGCAUUUUCUGGAUGCUCCUGUUCCCUACCUGAUGGGACUGCAGUCCAAGGAGGGAACCGACCGCUCGAAGCUGGAGCUGCCUCAGGAGGCAAACCUGUGCUUUGUAGACAUCGAUAACCAUUUCAUCGAACUGCCAGAGGAAUUCCCCCAGUUCCCCAACAAGCUGGAGUUUAUCCAGGAAAUCUCCGAGGUUCUCCUGCAGUUUGGGAUCCCGCCGGAGGGUAACCUGCACUGCAGCGACAGUGCCACCAAACUCAAGAACUUGGUUCUUAGCGACUUGGUGAAUGACAAAAAGAACGGGAACAUCCCCGUCAAUGCCCUCAACAUGUACGAGCUGCUGAAAGGCAAUGAGACGAUUGCCCGCCUUCAAGCCCUCGCCAAGAGGACAGGUGUGACGAUGGACAAAAUGACCAUCACGGCUCCCCUCACCGAGAAGGAGAAGGAUGGGAAGUUGCCGUGUGAGGAGGUGGAGCUGAGGGACUACAAGUUGAACGUACAGCUUCGCGAGGUGUUCGCCAACCGCUUCACGCAGAUGUUCGCAGACUACGAGGCAUUCGUCAUUCAGGCUGCUCCCGAUAUGGAGUCGUGGCUGACAAACAGGGAACAAAUGCAAAACUUUGACAAAGCAUCCUUCCUUUCGGACCAACCCGAGCCUUACCUCCCAUUCCUUUCACACUUCAUCGAAACACAGAUGUUUGCAACAUUCAUAGACAAUAAGAUAAUCUCCCAGUGGGAAGAGAAGGACCCUUUUCUGCGAGUUUUUGACUCACGAAUUGAGAAAAUAAGGCUGUAUAAUGUAAGAGCCCCUGCACUGCGGACAUCCAACUAUCAGAAAUGCAGCACUUUGAAAGAAGCAGCCCAAUCCAUCGAGCAGCGGCUGAUGAAGAUAGAUCACACGGCCAUCCAUCCACACUUACUCGAUAUGAAGAUUGGACAAGGGAAAUACGAACAAGGGUUUUUCCCAAAGUUGCAAUCAGAUGUCUUGGCAACAGGCCCCACCAAUAACAACCGCUGGGCCAGUCGCAGCACCACCACGCAGCGGAGGAAAGACCGCCUGCGGCAGCACUCAGAGCACAUCGGGCUGGACAACGACUUGAGGGAGAAGUACAUGCAGGAGGCGAGGAGUUUAGGAAAAAAUUUAAGGCAGCCCAAGCUCUCAGACCUCUCCCCAGCUGUGAUUGCGCAGACCAACUGGAAAUUUGUGGAAGGGUUACUGAAGGAAUGUCGCAUGAAGACUAAACGCAUGUUGGUAGAGAAGAUGGGCCAUGAAGCAGUGGAGCUGGGACAUGGAGAAGCCAACAUAACAGGUCUGGAGGAGAAUACAUUGAUUGCUAGCCUCUGUGAUCUACUAGAAAGAAUCUGGAGCCAUGGUCUGCAGGUCAAGCAGGGGAAGUCUGCUUUGUGGUCCCAUUUACUUCAAUACCAGGAGAGGGAAGAGAAGCAAGAGCAUAGUGCAGAGUCCCCUGUUGCUGUUGGAACAGAAAGACGAAAGUCUGACACAGGAAUUACUCUGCCUACUUUGAGAGUUUCCCUGAUACAAGACAUGAGGCAUGUUCAGAACAUGAGUGAGAUAAAGACUGAUGUGGGGCGAGCCCGAGCCUGGAUAAGGCUCUCUCUGGAGAAGAAGCUUUUAUCUCAGCACCUGAAGCAGCUGCUCUCUAACCAGGCACUUGCCAAGAAACUUUACAAGCGUUACGCUUUCCUGCGCUGUGAAGAAGAACGGGAACAGUUUCUGUAUCACCUGCUCUCGCUCAACGCUGUGGAUUACUUCUGCUUCACAAGCGUCUUCACCACAAUCAUGAUCCCUUAUAGGUCAGUGAUAAUUCCCAUCAAAAAACUAAGCAAUGCAAUAACUACGUCAAACCCAUGGAUUUGUGUAUCAGGAGAACUAGGAGACACAGGAGUAAUGCAGAUUCCUAAAAACCACCUAGAAAUGACAUUUGAGUGCCAGAAUUUAGGGAAGCUGACGACCGUUCAGAUUGGUCAUGACAACUCAGGGCUGCUAGCCAAGUGGCUGGUUGAUUGUGUCAUGGUCAGAAAUGAAAUAACAGGACACACAUACAAGUUUCCCUGCGGGCGCUGGCUGGGAAAGGGUGUUGACGAUGGCAGUUUGGAGCGAAUACUCAUUGGAGAGUUGGUGUCCUCCAUGUCUGAUGAAGAGCUGGGAAAGCAGUGCCGUACCCCACCCCAGCAGAAAUCUCCUACCACGGCUCGACGACUGAGCAUCACUUCUCUCACAGGGAAGAACACCAAGCCUAAUGCAGGACAGAUCCAAGAGGGAAUUGGAGAAGCUGUGAACAACAUUGUGAAACACUUCCACAAGCCAGAGAAAGAGAGAGGAAGCCUUACCAUUCUCUUGUGUGGAGAGAACGGUCUGGUCGCAGCGCUGGAGCAGGUCUUCCACCAUGGAUUCAAGUCAGCUCGCAUUUUUCAUAAGAAUGUCUUCCUCUGGGAUUUCAUAGAGAAAGCUGUCGCGUAUUUUGAAACCAGUGACCAGAUUGGAGACAACGAGGAGGCCCUUUUGCUUCAGAGGUCUUCAUGCAAAACCUUCUGUCAUUAUGUGAAUGCCAUCAAUACAGCCCCAAGGAACAUCGGAAAGGAUGGCAAAUUCCAGAUUCUGGUUUGCCUGGGGACAAGGGACCACUUGCUCUCCCAGUGGAUCCCCUUGCUGGCAGAGUGCCCGCCCAUUACAAGGAUGUACGAGGAGAACGCUCUUCUACGGGACCGAAUGACUGUCAACUCCCUCAUCCGAGUCCUACAGACGUUGCAAGAUUUCAACAUAGUCCUAGAAGGAUCGCUCAUUAAAGGAGUGGAUGUUUAGCAUGGCUUUGCUGAGGAUUUUGUUACUCCUUUCCCAAGCAAGCAAACCACAACUGGAGACCUGUCAGGACUUGAACGCCAUGGUAGUGCACCACUGUAAUGCAAAGCUGCCGGUUGAAGCGGGAGCGGGAAGCCCAGUUUGUGCCCGACGGGGACUGUCCUCUAAAGCUGCAGAAGGCUAAGAUGCAGUAUUGUAGUUUAUUUGAAACAGAAAUUUAGUAUAAAAUAGAGUAUUUUCAUGUGUUAGAUGUGUGUAAAUAUGCUAUCUUCUUUAAGAAAUUAUAUUACUCUAAGAAAUUUUUCUUAGACUUGAAUGUUCUUGUUCUGACUAUGAGUAGCUUAAACCCAGGGGAAGGACUUUGGGGAGGGAAGGACCGAGGUGGGAAGGGAUGCAGCUACUUGCUUGCAAGGAAGAAGCCAAUCAAUGUGUAAAUACAGCGCAAACUCAGCAGGGCUUUUUUUUCAGGUAUUGCAAAUGAAUACAGCAAAUAUCCUUAUGUAGCCAUUGUGAUUAUCUCACCCUUGGAAAUAUUGUCAGCAUAUGCUGUUUUAUCCUACUGUACAUGGUCUCUCUCAGUUUUUUGUUUGUUUGAUGACUCAACCCUUUCCACGCACAGAAGUUGUGAGUUGUUUGGUUUGGGUUUUUUUUUUCUGUAAGGUUUUUUGUGUCACUUCUGUUGAUCUCCAAAAUGAGAGACGAGUGUUGAAAUGUUUAAACACUGGAGAAGAGGACUUCUAUCAGCCUCAGAACUGCAGAGCACAGAGAGCUGUUUAAGCAGUGCUGCUGCACCCUGAGAUGCGGAUUGAUGGUUUGCUUGCUUCACUCGGUGUGUCCCUUGCCUGUCUGGAUGUUCUGACGAUUCCCUAAUGCCCUCAGCCAGUUUAUGUUGUGCAUGACUCUUUCUUUUUUGCUUUUUACCAUGUUGAGGAAUUUGGUUCAUACCAAAUUCUUGCUGUACUUGAGAAGAAUCAUUGCUGUAGAGCCACAAACACCAAUGUUGCUGUGCUACUAAACUGUAUCAGCUGGUUUUGAAACGCUGACAAGUUAUGAGUCUUCCUUUAUCCCACAGAAUGAGUGUUCCUAGGGAGUACAGGAUCUUUCAUUGCUUUGUUAAAAAAAAAGCAAAAGGAAACAAAAAAGAUAUCUCAUUUUGGUAUUUUGAGACUCCUCUCCUACACUCUUUCCAGCUAAUGUGUUAGUAAUACAGUAUGUGUAUAUAGGUGCAGCUCUUGAAGAGGAAAUGGGAGCAACUGAAAUCCUGUAUGCCAAAAAUUUAACACAAGUUUACGUUAAAAGCAUCUUGUGGAUACCAUGCAGCAAAUACCAUGAGUGUAUUUUCCAUUCUCAUGGAUGGGAGUCGCAUCAAUCUGAGGGCAUAGUCAGCUGCCUCUGGUUUUAGGUUUUGGAGGUUAGUUUAAAUAUAGUUGUUUGUUUUCACUUGUUUAUUCCCUAUGACCUUGGCUGUUUCAUCAGUGGAUUUCUGUCGAUGUCUCACUGUCAGCUGGGGCUUGGGAAGGACCCGAGCUGGUACUGUAAGUGUAUAGCCUUGCACUGUUCACUCCAGUGACAUUGGGAGGGACUUGGGAAUGCUGGGCAGUAGCAUGUCUGGGUAUAGUGUGCACGUGGUGGAGAGAGGGACAAGACCUAAGGAAGAGGAAAGAGGAUGAAAAUGAGCAUUUGCUUUCUCACCUGCCUUUUUUCAAACUUCUCGACUUUCUUGUGGUCCUCUUGCUGUUCAUUUCUGAACAGCUUUCACUUUAAUGUCAAAGGUUCACAUCAUAUUCUCAGUCAGGAGGAAACUCUUCAUGUGGCUUCAUUUCAUUGGAAAAGGGGGUUUUGUUGCAGAAGGGGUGGUUUUUUUGUUUGUUUCUAAGGAAGAAGUAAAAUAACACUGUUAGAGAGUCAUCAAGUUUAAUAAGGGUUCCAGCUUUUAGUAACUGUUCUUUCCUCCUGGGCUUGUACUUCCUUAAACUGUCUAAACUCAUGCCAAAUACUGUAGGCAGCACUGCCAUGUCACCCCUGUGGGUGUGAGCAACUAACGUAAAGGCUGUGAAUGGUGUCCUAAGUUAGUAGCCAGAACCUACGGCUGUGUCACACCCCUCUUACAUUUCCAGAAAUGUGAAAAUUGGGAUUAGGUUUUUCUGUGUGGCCAGACAAGCCUGCUUAAAGUCUGCAGAAAAUGCACAACAACCCAUUGGCAGCCAUUGAAAAUGCACCCUUAGUACUUAGCUCUAUCAGCAAAUUAUACAUUCAGCACCAGGCACCACGUGGCAGCAUUAUUUGGUAAUGACUGCUUAGGAUGGUUUGAUUUCUAUUACAGCUCCAGCCUUUUAUGUCUAAUGACUGCUGUACAUAAUUUUUUCACGCCCAACCCAGUCUAAGUGACUUUCCUUUGACUGAAAUAAUAACCUCUUUAGUGCUUGGAUUCCUUCGCGGUAGCAUCUGCAUUUGCUCGCUGGAUACUUCUCCAAAGUAUACCACUACAGACUUCUCCAAAGACUCUUCAUGACUAAAGCAGUCGUAACAUUCAUCUGACGUGACACGGGUUAAGCACAAGCAGGAUCAAGUACAAACGUGGGCAAAUCUAAAGGUCAAGUAUAGAGGAAUAAACCACACGGAGAGAAAAGGGCAAUAGCUACAUCAAGUCUUUCUUCGGUUAAAAUAAGUCAAAACCUGAGAAAUUUUUCAAUUCAAAACAGGGCCUUCCCCCACUUUAAACUAUAUUAAAGAACCUUUAGCACUUACCUGUUACACCACUUCACAUCAGCUUUUUCAGCAAGCAUUGACUCGUUUGGGUUUGUCAGGUUUCACCUCAUCAUCAUAAUAACACAAUAAAAGUUACGUAUGUCUAAUGUUUCCUUGUAGGCAAUAAAACACCGUGAGAUAUGUUGGAAGGGGCACAACCGAGUGAGUGCCUCGGAUUCCUAGAAGACUAGUUAUUUGACAACCUUGCAAAUAUGGUUCUUUGUAGUGAAUUUUUCUCCAAUCAUGUAUGAUUUAAUAUAUAUUUGUAGUAGACUGCUGUUGUUUAUUGGAAACUGUGAGGGGUUUUUUUUUCUGUAAGGUUUACAGGAAUCAUUCUACCCACUAAAAUGGUGAGAAACCCAUCAGGAUUCUUCUAAGCUAACGCAGUUGGGUUUUUUUACUUCAGUGUUAAAGCACCUUCAUUGUUUGAGAAAGGGAAUCUUGGAAAAGACCAAAGCUCUCUGAUACCUACUUUUAAAAUAAUAAUAAUACUAACUCCUAUCCAAUACCCAUCUGCACAUGUCUGAGUUUGUAUCAUCCUGUUAUACCAACAUCCAGCGUGGGAACCCGAGGGAGUCAGAGAAUCAAAUGCCUCAUUAUGUACAAAAUAUGUAUUUAUAAUUCUCUGAAACGAAUGAAACUCUGCUGUUUAGUGGAAAAUCUACUCGUGUUUAUCCUGAGUCGGUUUGUGUCAUUAGGUAGCAUCGUUCGAAAAUGUCCUUUUCAUUUUCCUUUUAGAAUAGUUGUGCAACGGCAUGUUUGAGAAAAUUCCUUCUUUCAGUCAAACAAAGGUGUGCAUCUUAAGGGGAAAUACCUUGUGUCACACCUGAAAUGUACAAAUGUGCCCUGUAUAGCUUAAAACAAUCCUUAAAUGUCUCCAUUGAGUAUACUUUGUCUUUACGUUAUGACUAACUGAAUAAGAACGGGAUUAUUUUCAAGGCGAAGUUAGUAAAAGUAUUGUUAUAUCAAAGCACUUUAACAUACAUACCACAAACUGACAUGGGUUUUUCAGGUUUUGAACUACAUUGAAAUACAGCUUU